UCGGAAGAAGGUCCCGACAAAGCGGCCCUAUUUCUUUUCAGCCUGAAAAAAGUCAAACAAACCGAAAAGCAACGAUGUACGCCAGGACUAAUGCCGGUAGCGCACACGGAGACUUUCAGGAUAGAAACGGAGUGAAUUACGUGACGUCGGCGGAGUCUUUCGGGCACUGCUCGCAGUUGUUCUGGAAAAAGGAUCCCAACGACUCCGGACCGAGUUCGACCAUCAGUUGGUGCGACCAGCUGCCCUCCUCCUCCGCCUCUCUCACCACCUCCAGCCUCUCCCUGGAAACACGAGCGGCGGCGGCAGCAGCAGCGGCGGCGGCGGCAGCGGAGGCGGACGACAUGGACUCAGACGAGAGACCCUACGCCUGCGACCUCUGCAACUGCGCCUACAAGCACGCCAGCUCCCUGCUCAACCACAAACUCACCCACCGGACCGGAGACUUCAGGUGCGACUUCUGCAGCAAGCCCUACACCAACUACAUGUCCCUGCGCAACCACAUGCGGAUCCACGGACAGAAGCGCUACGUGUGCGACCUGUGUGGGAAGGCCUUCCGCCUCGCCCGCUACCUCCGCAACCACCAGAAGAUCCACGAUGACGGACCCAACCGCUUCGACUGCCCCUCCUGCUGCAAGAGCUACAGGACCAUGCUGGAGCUCGCCCAGCACCGCUGCAGCGCCGCCUCCAGCCAGAACCGCUUCAACUGCCCGUCCUGCUUUAAGAGCUACCGAACCAUGCUGGACCUGGCCCAGCACCGCUGCAGCGCCGCGGCCAAAAACCAGCCCGGCGGCCGUCGUUCCAAUUUCUCCUCCACUCCUCGUCGUCAGCAGCAGCAACAGCAGCAACAGCAGCAGAACAACGCGACCUCCAUGAUGCAGCAGCAUGGCGGACACCCCCAGCAGGACCCUCUGCCCUCCCACUGCGUCUCCCCCAUGUCCCAGGCGGGGCAGGGCGGCGGCGUGCCCAGCCAGCCCGUCCCGGACCCCCACCAGGGCCGUUCGAGCUCGGCCUCGUCCCAGAGCCAGGGCAGCCAGAGCAUGAGGAGCUCCUCCUCCAAGCACUCCUCCUCCUCCAACACCUCCUCCUCCUCCUCCUACUCCCUGCUGCAGCCCCUGGUGCCCGAGGUAAAGGAGAUGGCCUCGGCAUACACUAGGCUGAACGCCAGCAACCCCAUGGCUGCUCUCCUCGGGAAUAUUUUUGAAUCGACCCAGGAUCUGUGGCUCCAGCAUAAACCAGAGCCGAAGCACCAGGACACUUUCUCUCUGGCCCCCCAGCGGCCCCUCACCACCAUCAACCCCAUCGGCCACGCCCUCCACCCCAACGGGGCCCCCACGCUCAAGCCCUCCCCCGUGCCGCGCACCAUCCAGGGCAUGCCCUGGGAGCAGCGCUCCCUCUACAACCAAUGAGACCCGGGACCCCGCCGCCCUCCACGUCACGUCCACCUGACCCCCCCCCGCCCGCCCUCACCCCCAUCCCCUCCCUCCUCCCCCUCGUCCCUGUCCCGACCCGGCGUCAGGCCUGGAGGUUUGGCCCCCCCGCCGCCGCCCGACGCCCCUCCACCGCUCCUCUUUGGAAGUUGUGUUUGGGAAAGGGGGGGGGGGCACCGUUGAGAACUAGUUAAGAUUGAUUACUGAGUAGUUAGGUUUAAAAAAAUGUGUUGCCUUGACCCUCAUGUAUGAUCUAUGCCAUGUACUGGAUAUUAUAAGUUAAAAUGUCUGUCCCUAACCUGUCCUCACUGAGAAUUUAUCUCCCCUCCUUCUCUAGUUAAGAAAGCAUCUAUCCUUCCCAUGAUAAAUAGUCCCCCCCCCCCCCCCCCCCCCCCUCCACCCAUCCCCCUCCUCUCUCCCUCCUUUUCUGUAUGGUAAAAGAAAUGAAAGGCUUUUAUUUUUUAUUUUAUUUUUUAUUGUUUUGAGAGCGAGCGAGUGUUUUCGCUGCUUUCCGACUCUCGCCCAGACCAGCGGAGGAGAGAGAGGUUCCCCGGCGCCGAGUCGCUUUCAAAGCAGAUGUGAUGAAAUUCUCCCGUCAGACUGUGUUGUUACACCCCCCCCCCCCCCACCCCCCUUUUUUUUUUAACAAUUUUUUUUUUAACAAUUUUUUUUUUUACAAUUUUUUUUUUGUUUGUUUGGUGUUGUUCUGUGUCGAAGGCGGCUGCCUGGAAAGGGGAAGGGGAAAUGUGAACUGUUCUCUUGCUUUUUUUCCGUUUUCUUCUGUGUAUUUGCCCCUUCAUCCUGCUCCAGACGGGACAGGGUGUCUAUUUUGAGUCGGGAGGCGACGCCCGCCCGCCCGCCUGAGGAAACCAGGAAGGACCACGACGCAAACAGUCCAGCUGACCGUACCUUGUACAAAACAGUUCAACAUGAUGUGCAGCGGCUCGGCCCCCUCCCUCCCCCCAACACACACACACACACACACACACACACACCCCGCCCAGCUCCCAGACCAAAGCCGAGCCGCUGCAGGACCUGCUUCACCCAGCCAGAGCUGCCGCCGCCGGCCGCCAGCAGGGGGCGCUGUGGCACCACGGCCGCCAAGUUACCUUUUUUUUUUUUUUUUUGGAAAGUUUUUUUUUUUUUUUUUUUUUUUUUUUUUUUAACUAAACUUGCAUUUCACUGACGGCUCGUUGUCGCUGUCACUUUGCCGUUGUAGUUUUGAGAAUCCGUUUGGCCGGGAGUCGAGGCUCCGCCCCCGACAGAGUGGACGCCUCACCUGUCCCCGUCGUUUCACAGCACGCGGUGACUUUCAGAGAAGUGCUGUCUGAUUACCCCUCAGCCCCCCCGCCCCGCCACUCAGCCCCCCCCGGUCUCACACUGCCUCUUAACCUGGAGCUUCAUCAGACCGUCAUCAUCAUCACCAUCAUCUCGACACGCCCGGCGUUAAACACCAAGCAUCACAUGACCGCAGGUGACUUAGCAGCAGCAGCAGCCGUUGGCCAGGUGUGUGGCCGUGACAUGGCUGCCUCUGAAAGCUACAAUGGCCAAAAUGUGUGUGUGUGUGUGUGUGUGUGUGUGCGAGCGUGUGUGCGUGAAAGUGUGUGUGUAUGUACAAAUGGUUCUGGACCCCCUCACUCCCCGUCCCGUCCCGUCCCGUCCCGCCCUCCAGUCUUGCUUUUCCUGUAGAAACAUCAUGCCUGCGUCUCACUGCUCCCAGGAUGGAUUUAGUUUAACACCUGCGGGGCGUUUCAGCCGGCAGGCGAGCGCCGGCCAGAUCAGCCCCAAAACACCAGUGUCAUUUUAAAAAAGAACAGAAAAUAACUGAAUUUUGUGGG